GUAAAGAGAGGAUCUGAUUCGGCGUCACCACCCCCGAGCCAUCUUCUCGAUCCUGUCACUGAUUAAACGCAUGUGCGUCCCUGAAAAAGCAACAAAACACUCCUAAUACUAAAAUAUUUUUGUCAUUUUCCUUUCUUCCAAACACCUUCCACAGAGGGAGACCCACCACAACUCCCCGCCCUCUCUCUGCCACCACCAACAGACCUCCAUCUCCAUCUCCAUCUCCAUCCACAACAGUUACACACAUCCCCCUAAGAGCACGUGCAUCCUCUCUCUUCUGUCUCAUCCGCUCUCAUCUCUAUUCUAUUGUGAUCAUAACGUACCCCCUCCUUGUGUCUCACUGUUUUUCUCUCUCUAAAUUGACGCAUUACACACAGAAGAGAGAGAGAGAGAGAGAGGCUUUUGUGUUGUGUUUGCUCAUUCAUAUGACGCGAUAACAGAGAGAGAGAGAGAGAGAGAGAGAGGAAUGGCAUACAAUAGGUUGCCAGGCAGCGGACACAACAGCCCGUCGCCGCCGCAGUCGCCGCUCCGGUCGCCGAAUAGGCUCAGACACUCCGGCAGCAGGUCGAAGCAAGGCCGGUUCAACUCCUUCGGUAAUCAGCCCCCCCGAACCCUCGCUCACCGCUUGGCCUGGUUCCUCCUCUCCGUCCUCCUCCGCAGACAAGGCGUCUUCCUCUUCGCUCCUCUCCUCUACAUCGCCGGUAUGCUCUUCUACAUGGGCACCAUCUCCUUCGACCACGUUCCUGUCAUCAAGCACCGCCCCCCCGCCGGCUCUCUCUACCGCACUCCGCAGCUAUAUGCCAAGCUCCGUCCCCAAAUGGAUGCCGACAAUUCGUCCAGUGAUGCGAUAUUGACAAUAUGGAAACACCCUAAAGGUGGCGAGUGGAGACCAUGUAUAAAAAAAUCGUCAGGAGAUUUACCUGAGUCAAAUGGUUACAUAUAUAUUGAGGCGAAUGGUGGCUUGAAUCAGCAAAGAACAUCGAUAUGCAAUGCUGUUGCUGUGGCGGGCUAUCUUAAUGCAACUCUUGUUAUUCCCAAUUUUCAUUAUCACAGCAUUUGGAAAGAUCCCAGCAAAUUCAAGGACAUCUAUGAUGAAGAGUAUUUUCUUAGUACCUUGGAAAAUGAUGUACGGAUAGUUGACAGGAUUCCCGAGUACAUCAUGGAUCGAUUUGACCACAAUUUAACCAAUAUAUUCAACUUCAGAAUAAAGGCAUGGUCACCCAUUCAGUACUAUAAGGACACAGUUCUUCCGAAGCUACUUGAAGAAAAGGCCAUAAGGAUUUCGCCUUUUGCAAACCGAUUGUCAUUUGAUGCUCCUCCACCAGUUCAACGGCUUAGAUGCUUGGCAAAUUAUGAAGCUUUAAGGUUUUCAAAUCCUAUAUUAACUAUUGGUGAAUCUCUUGUUGCAAAAAUGAAAGAACGGAGUGCAAAUAAUAGUGGCAAGUAUGUCUCUGUGCAUCUUCGCUUUGAGGAGGAUAUGGUUGCUUUCUCUUGUUGUGUAUUUGAUGGUGGUGCAAAAGAGAAGAUAGACAUGGAUGCUGCAAGGGAGAAGGGUUGGAAGGGGAAGUUCACUAAACCUGGUCGAGUUAUUCGUCCUGGAUUAAUCAGGAUCAAUGGGAAAUGUCCCCUCACUCCUUUGGAGGUUGGGUUGUUGCUUAGGGGAAUGGGGUUUGACAAGAGUACAGCUAUCUAUUUAGCAUCUGGACGGAUAUAUGAUGCUGAAAGAAACAUGGCCCCAUUAUUUGAAAUGUUUCCCCUUUUACAAACGAAAGAGAUGUUAGCAUCCCCUGAGGAACUUGCUCCAUUUAUGAACUAUUCUUCCAGGAUGGCUGCUAUAGACUACACUGUUUGUCUUCAUAGUGAAGUAUUUGUAACAACUCAAGGUGGAAACUUCCCUCAUUUUCUGUUUGGCCAUCGGAGAUACUUAUAUGGUGGACAUUCUCAGACAAUCAAGCCUGACAAGCGGAAGCUUGUACAAUUGCUUCAUAAUACCAAUAUUGGGUGGAAAAGCUUUAAGCGGCAAAUGCUGAAUAUGCGAGCUCACAGUGAUUUGAAAGGAAUUGAGAUUAAAAGACCAAAUGACUCAAUAUAUUCAGUUCCUUGCCCCUCUUGUAUGUGCCUUUUGAACAAAACAGAAGAUUCAUGAUCAGCCAAUCCCAACUAAGAUUUGAUUGUUUUUUUUGUUCCUGUAAGUGUGUGCACAUCUGCCUGCUCACCCCCCACCCCCCUUUUUAGUUGUAAUUCUUUCAUUUUUUCCUCUCCCCAUUGGUGAGAGGCCCACAGUUCAAUUUUAGGAGUUUCGAGCAACAAACGUAUAAUUUCCCGGGAUUGGCUCGAGGGGGAGUUGCUUCUUUUUGUACAUGAAGACAGAAGAACAAGAAGAUCUAUCCAUUGCUCGCAGGAGCUGCCCGGAGUAUGAUUUUACAUUGAUUCAUCUCAUUGACAUAUUCAUAGUGUGUACAUCAAAUUUUUUUUUUUUUUGGAUCUGUACUUGUAAGACCGUAGGAACAGGAAGAAUUUUAUACAUUUAUGAAAGUCAGGGUAUCUAAUUUUUUACCCUCUGUUCCCUCAAAA